AUGAUUGGAGGAGAUUUUAAUGAAAACCUGUUAGUCACAUCAAAUAACAAAAGAAGCAAAUAUGUUCCUGAAUUUAUAAAUGAAUGUAAGUUAAAAACCCAGAAUGUGGGAAAGACAUUUAUACACUCUAAUGGUAGUGACUGUACAUCAAUUGAUUAUAUCUUGUACCCAGAGCACUUUAGUGACAACAUAUUACAUCUUAGGAGAUUAGAAAUAACAAGUAACAUUUCAGAUCAUUAUCCAGUGUGUGCAAAUAUUAAAUUCAGUUACUCAAUGAAAACUAACCAAUAUAUAAAGAGCAAUAAUGGACAAACUGUUCGUAAAAUAGAUUGGCAGAAAAUUGACAAAGCAUUAUACAAACAGGUUUUAUCUGAUGAGAUUGAUAAAUGUGACUAUACAAUUAGUGACCUACUAGAGAUUUAUAAAGCAGUUACCAACAUCAACAACGCAGUGUCUAGAGCUUUAACAUCUAUUGUACCACCUCCGAAAGGAAAAAAGCAGAGACAACAACUCGUUGAUGCAAGAACAAUGGAUAGUAAACUCUUAUUUCAACUUAUAAAAAAACAAAGAGGGAAAUUAAAUCGAUUCAUUGAUGAACUUCAAUUUGGUGAAUCUAACCUGAAAGGUGACAACAAUAUUCUUGGAGGAUGGAAGACCCAUUUCGAAAACUUAGCAAAAGAAUCAAAUCCUAUGAAUUUUGAUCAAGACUACUUUCAGUUAGUUGACGCUGAAUAUCAUCAAAUUAUACAGAUAUGUCUAGUUGCCUACAAACAUGAAGGAGUAACUACAGAAGAAUUACAAAAUGCUCUAAAUAAGCUAAAUAGAAACAAGUCUGCUGAUAUAUUUGGUAUUACUGCAGAAUGCCUUCUUUUCGGCGGUGAAAAACUUGAUAGUAUAUUGCUUAAAGUAAUCAACGCAUCAUUUCAGCACUGCCAUAUUUCAAAUAAUUUGAAAAUUGGUACUCUUACACCAAUCUUUAAGAAUAAAGGAGACAUAUCAAAUUCAAAAAAUUAUAGAGGCAUUACCAUUACUCCAUCAAUGUCUAAAAUAAUAGAAACCAUACUCAAACUACGAAUUAAUCCAAACAUACUGGAAGAUCAAAACCCUCUUCAACGUGGUUUUACCAAAAAUACGGCUCCUCUUAUAGCAUCUCUAAUCAUGGAGGAAUUCAAAAGAGAAAGUAAAGACUUGAAUAAACCAACAAUAUACGGAAUGCUAGACGCUAAAUCUGCUUUUGAUGUAGUACGACAUACAAACCUAAUCAGAAAGCUAUAUCAUUUAGGCAUUUCAGAACAGUGCAUUUUAAUGAUUGAUAACAUAUACAAAGACGCUACGUCUAAAAUUAAAUGGAAAGGAAAUACAUCGGAUGCAUUCAACAUUGAGCAAGGUGUAAGGCAAGGAGGAACAUUAAGUGCCGAUUUAUACAAAGUUUAUGUAAACCAGCUGUUGAAUAAUUUUGUAGAGUCUAAACUUGGUGGAAAAAUAGGAUCAAUAAGUUGCUGUGCCCCCACCUGUGCAGACGAUAUAGCAAUAGUUGGAAAUAACCCAUUCGACAUACAAGUUCUCAUAAAUAUGGCAUAUGACUACAGCCAACGAGAAGGCUAUCUUCUACAACCUGAAAAAAAGUGUUAUUUUACCGAUUAA